AUGAAUCGAGGUAUCGAAGACCCGAUUGAGAUCUCCGAUGGAGAUAAUAGCUCCGAGGAGGUAGUGGAGGUGGAGGAGGUGGAGGAGGAGGAGGAGGAAGAGGAAGAGGAAGAAGAAGAGGAAGAAGAGGAGGAAGAAGAAGAAGAAGAAGAAGUCAUCCUAGGUCGUUUGAAGCCGGACAUGAAAAUAUGUCUCGAUGGGAUGCAAACUACUGGCAAUGUUGCUACAUGCAAGAGACAUAAUGCCUUCGUUAAUCCUGGCUUGAUGGUCGCUGACACUUUGAUUCCACUACCCUUGGUGCCCCGCGAUGCCGACAUCAUCAAGAGCCACUGUAGACAGGCUCCCUUCGGCAGAGGUGACGAGACCGUGGUCGAUACCUCGGUACGAAAGACCUGGGAGCUCGACCACAGCCAAUUUAAAACUGCGAAUCCCCGCUGGCAAGAUUAUCUAGACUCACUAGUAGCCAACGUUAAGGAAGCGUUGGGCAUAAAGGGGGUAAGGGCAGAGCCGUAUAAGCUAUUACUAUACGAAGAAGGGUCGUUCUUCAAACGGCACAAAGAUUCUGAAAAGGUCCCAGGGAUGGUGGGAACACUAGUCGUUUGUCUUCCAUCGAAGCAUACUGGCGGCAACGUCCAUCUAUCCCAUGCCGGUAAGAAUUACAUCUUCGAGACCGAUAAGACAUCAGACUUUGGUCUCACAAGUCUUGCAUGGUUCUCCGACGUCACACACGAGAUAAAGCCUUUGCAGUCCGGAUACCGCUUGGUGAUAACCUAUAAUCUCAUCCACACCGGUGGCAUGCGUGUGUCUGCCAGCAUCGUUGGGAAGCAGUCGAUGCAGCUCCAGGCAUUACUUACAGAGUGGAAGAAAAAGUUGCCUUCCCUGCAGAAGCUAGUAUACAAGCUCGACCAUAAAUAUACGAACUUGAGUUUGAGUUUGAACAACCUAAAGGGCCGGGAUAGGUCUGUGUGCCAAGCUUUACAUGAGGUUGGCUUAGACAGCGGGUUUUGUAUCUGUUUCGCUGAGAUGCUGCGAGUCCAAUCCGAUAACCAGUAUUACGGUCACGACGACGGCGAAGAAUCGACGACACUAAAGGAUGUGAAGACAUACGAUGGAUGCUCCCUCACUUCCUAUGCUGAGGUAGAGGAAGAUGAGAUUCUAGGCUCAAGAUUAUGGAAUCGAAGACCUGACAGUGAGGAUGAAGGCGAAUUUACUGGCAACGAAAGUAUGCCGUCGACUCUCCGUUACCAUGAUACUGUCGUGGUUGUGACCCCCAUAGACAGAAUGCCUUAUUCUUUAGGCUAUGUUAGUACUGCAUUUAUAUGGAGCUUCUACCAUCGGAUUUGCGAAGAUCGGCCGGAUGACCAUAAGACCCACGCAUACAUGUUGAAACUUCUACAAGAUCAAUUACGCACUGAUGUGUUAGCAGAGGGUUCAUUAUUAUCUGAGGUGGCGACCAUGGCCGUUAAAAUGCGGAUGAAAUCUCUGUAUCAGCACGCGGUCUGCGCAUCACUGAGAGACGCAGCUAAUCGAGCUUUGAUGUUGACGACUAUAGCCCGGCUUAUUAAGGAGAGCCAUCUCGAAAAUCCUCAGAAGCCACCCGAUUGGGAUUUUUGGCUUGGCAAGGUAAUCGAGAGAUGUUGCGGGGGUUCGUUAAGCAAACUGUCGGAAAACCUUGGCCCAUUAAAUUCUCUAGGCCAAGACGAGAAUCUGAAAGUUUCCUUUCAAAACUGGAAGACACAGAUUCCGGAAAAGGCGAUUGAAUCGAAGGUUACACUCGAUAUAGAUGACUAUAACUACUUGAUAGGCUUCAUAUUCUCGCGGUCCGAAGACAUACAGUGGUUGAAGAGUUGGCUCGCCCCGAAACUCGCCUUUCGUGGUUCCUAUGAUCUCAUUUACGCUGUAUUGACGGCCAUCUAUGACAAACGAGAUAGUAAACUGCUGGUGAACGCUACGGACAUCUUCGAAUGCAUUCUGAAAGGCAGUGUAAAGAAGUUGGCGUUGCAUAUAGGCGACAUCCCCAGAUCUGUUCCCAAGCAUAAUCUGUAUAAUCAUUAUGAUUAUGGUGCUCACAGGCACAAAAGCAACGAAAGGUCGCUCAAAAAGACAAUCACACUAUUUGACCAAGGCAUGAGCAUGGGGUUAUCUCAGCUGACGACCAGACUUCUCGAAGCAAGCUGUACUAAUAUUUACGGUGGCUACUCCAAAGAGGAUAAGAACACUUUAUCCAUCGACCCAGUCCGAGAAUUCCUGAGUACUUUGGCAUCAACCUUACAAAAGCAUGCCGCCCCACCUCUUGAGUCAGUUAAGAACAUGUUUGUGGCUCUCAUACGUGGUGCCCUCGUCGUCCGGGUUCCAAAGCGUCCGAAGCAGCCUCGGGGAUGGGCACACAAUCCUACAGAAUGCCCUAUAUCUGGGCCUUGCCACGUAUGCAAGCAGCUUAAUACUUUCCUCAGGGACCCGAUUAUGCAGGCCCAAACGUUUUGGCUGCGCCCAGAAGAGAAACAACAUGCAAGGCUCCUAUUACCUGUGAGAUCCUUCGAACUCGACAGUGAGAGGAGUCGUUCUCCGCACGGCUUGAUUGUGUAUAAGCGAGGUACAGAAUACGCAUACAACUUGCGAGAAUACGAAGCUAGUAUGGCAGCACUAGAGGAGCGAGUCAGCAAACUCCGAUGUGAAUAUGUCAAGUCGUUGUUGGGGGACGACCUUUACCGGGAAUUGAUCUUGCUGGAAGCCACGCCAGAAUCGGAAACUGCAGAACAGACUAGCAGUGCUGCUGGGAAGAAGAGGAAGGCGGAUGAGGAGCUGGACGGUUCGAGUGCCGCUAGACCCCAGCUCAUUGAGUGA